AAGGCCACAACCUCUAGGCCCUCCGCUCUUAAAAUUUAAACUACAAUUCCAAUGUUUUAUGGUUUUGUACUAUGUUAAUUGUUUUCUUCUGAUUGCCCCAACUAAGAUUGCAUCUUUCUUUUUCCUGUUCCUUCUGCUCCUCCCCCACCCACCCACCCAGAAUCCAUGUGAUUUGCUGCAACCUCAAAAUUCUGAUAAAUUUGGGAGAGUAGUGUAUGUGUGUCUUACCCAGACUUCAAUUCAAUUCCACUUAGAUUGGGUUUGUUUGAUUUGAUUAGAUUAGAUUAGAUUAGGUUUCAUGAACGAAGGUGAGGAGGAGGAUAUGGCGGCGAUUCCUCCAUUGUUUAGGUGCCCGAUAAGCUUGGAUUUGCUGAGAGAUCCGGUGACUUUAUGCACUGGCCAGACUUACGAUAGGUCGAGCAUUGAGAAAUGGUUGGGUGCCGGAAACACGACCUGCCCUGUCACAAUGCAGAAGCUUCAUGAUCCUUCCAUUGUUCCCAAUCACACUUUGCGCCAUUUGAUCAACGAUUGGCUCCAUCACGUCGCCAUGUUUGAUGACCACGAAGUGUUCGUCAAAAUGAUUGAGCAUGGCGACAUCUCGGCGCUGAAGCUGAAGCGUAAUCUCGAGUCUCCAUCCAACACCUUGGAGCAGAAGGUUGAAGCGCUGCAAAAAGUUGUGGUUUUAUCGGAUGAUUUGCCGUUGCACAACUCUGCCUUGAUCCAAUUAGACUUCUUCGGCCUAGUUCUUGAUCUGCUCUUCAGGGUUUCUGAGAAUCCCGUUGAGGAGAUGAUCGGCAUUGGUUUUGCGGAGCAGGCGCUUAUUUGUGCAUUGAAAUUGCUUCCCUUCAGUGAUUUGGAGUCCAUUAAUAAUAUACUGUCAAAUCAAGAGCAGUUUCUAGCCCUGUUUGAGCAGGGCAGUUUUGUGAUCAAGAAAAGCCUGUGCCGUUUACUGGAGGCUAUUGCAUCGUCGCCGGAGACGAGAGAGCUCUGCGCCGUGCUAGGAAAAUCCGGCCGUCUUCUCCGGCAACUCAUCACUCUAGUCAACAUCACCACCGAUGAUUCUCAAGUCUCGGCAGCUGCAAUUAAAGCCAUUUCAGCUCUGUCCUCCCUGGAACCCAACCGCGAAGCCAUGGUGAAACAAGGAGUCACCGAUUCACUCAUAACAUGCAUUCUGGCCAACGCCCAGAAAUGCAAAACCUGCAGCUUAGCACCAAUGGCAAUGCGAGGGAUGGAAGUGGUUUUAGCAUCGGAGAGCGCAAAAGAAGCGGUUGUGAAUCACCCCAACGGGGUCAACGCAAUAGUUAAGAUGGUGUUUAGAGUAUCGGAUCAUGAAGGGAGUGACGAAGCCGUGAAUUCAUUGAUGAUUAUAUGCCGGGAUUCCUUAGACGGCAGGGAAGCCGCCAUAUGCGGCGGGGUUUUGACUCAGCUUUUGUUGCUUCUUCAGAGCCAGUGCUGUGGAAGAACCAAAACGAGGGCAAGAAUGUUGCUUAAGCUGUUGAGAUCCAUGUGGGCGGAUGAUCCAAAACAUGCCGUGUAAAACUGGGAAAAGAUCGAUUUGCAUAAAUUUGAUUGUAUAAAACAAGUUCUUGAAUUGAAUGCUUCAA